AACCCUAACCCUAACCCUAACCCUAACCCUAACCCUAACCCUAACCCUAACCCUAACCCUAACCCUAACCCUAACCCUAACCCUAACCCUAACCCUAACCCUAACCCUAACCCUAACCCUAACCCUAACCCUAACCCUAACCCUAACCCUAACCCUAACCCUAACCGUAACCCUAACCCUAACCCUAACCCUAACCCUAACCCUAACCCUAACCCUAACCCUAACCCUAACCCUAGCCCUAAUCCUAACCUUAACCCUAACCCUAACCCUAACCCCAACCCUAACCCUAACCCUAACCCUAACCCUAACCCUAACCCUAACCCUAACCCUAAUUUUAACCCUAACCCCAAUCCUAACUCUAACCCUAACCUUAACCCUAACCUUAACCCUAACCCUAACCCUAACCCUAACCCUAACCCUAACCCUAACCCUAACCCUAACCCUAACCCUAACCCUAACCCUAACGCUAACUCUAACCCUAACCCUAGCUCUAACCCUCGCCCUAACCCUAAUACUAGCACUAACCCUAACCCUAACCUAAACCCUAACCUAAACCCUAACCCUAAACAUAAACUAAACCCUAACCCUAGCUCAAGCUCUUACACUAGCUCCAAUCCUAAUCCUAAACCUAACCCUAACUCUAACGCUUACCCUAACCUUAGCUCUAAUCAUAACACUAACCUUAACCCUAGCCUUAAACCUAACCAUGACCAUAAUCCUAACCUUUAUCUUAACAUUAACCCUAACCAUAAUCGUAGCCAUAUUCCUAUCCCUAUUUCUAACCCAAACCCUAACUCUAACCAUAAUCCUAGCCCUAUCCUUAUCCCUAUCCCUAUCCCUAUCCCUAUCCCUAUCCCUAUCCCUAUCCCUAUCCCUAUCCCUAUCCCUAUCCCUAUCCCUAUCCCUAUCCCUAUCCCUAUCCCUAUCCCUAUCCCUAUCCCUAUCCCUAUCCCUAUCCCUAUCCUUAACCCUAAACCUAACCCUAACCCUAAGCCUAACCAUAAACCUAGCCCUAACCUUAAACCUAACCCCAAACCUAACCAUAACCAUAACCCUAGCCCAAAUCUAAACCUUAACCCUAGCUCUAACCCUAGCCCUAACCCUAAUACUAGCCCUAACCCUAACCUAAACCCUAACCCUAGCUCUAAGCCUAGCCCUAACCCUAAUACUAGCCCUAACCCUAACCUAAACCCUAACCCUAAACAUAAACUAAACGCUAACCCUAGCCCGAGCUCUUACACUAGCUCCAAUCCUAAUCCUAAUCCUAACCCUUAUUUUAACCCUAACCCUAACUCUAACCCUAAACCUAACCCUAAACUUAACGAUAGCCUUAUCCCUAACCCUAACGGUAAACCCAAACCCUAA